GACACAGAAAAUCUCCGACUGAUGCUUCAGUUCGUGCGCCGUAUUCGCCGCCCCGAUUUCCGAUCAAACCUCAAAUUCAAUUCGCCUCCGAUCGCCGCCCUCCGCCGCUCGAUCAGUUCAAAUUCGAAUUCGAGACUGGAUAAUCUCUCCCGCCUGUUGCAGCAACGCCACGUCCCGCCGCGAUGGCUGCUCCAAAUCCACGCUCUAAUGUUCACCAUGGGUGCCCACCAGGACAACCUCAUCGCCGCUCGACUCAUCGCCCACUACUCUGCCGAAUCGGCGAUCGAUGUCUUCAAUUCGUUGCAGAACCCCGACGUCUUCUCCUUCAAUUCACUCAUCCACACCAUGGCCGACGAGAAUCGUCCCCGAGCCGCGCUAUUGCUUUUUAAGGAGCUCAAAUCCCGCCCAAUUUCGCCUAAUCACCUGACCUUGUCCUUCCUUCUCAAGGCGUGCUCAAUCGACGCCAUUGAUGCGAGUUCUGUGAAGCAAAUACAUUCUGAUGUCGUCAAAUUGGGAUUCGCCUGCGAAGCUUUUGUUCUCAACGGUUUGCUCGUCGCCUACGCCAAGGGGGUUAGGGAUUUAGUGUCCGCCCGCCAUGUGUUCGACAAAAUGCCUCACAGAAAUCUGGUUUGUUCCUGGACUUGUUUGAUUUCUUCCUAUGCUAAACUCGGAUUCCCCGACGAUGCCUUGAAUCUAUUCGCCACAAUGCUGACUGAAAAUCUUCGCCCGGCAAGCGACACCAUGAUCAACAUUUUAUCGGCCUGUUCGAGACUUGAUCUUCAAGGAAUCCAAAAAUGGGUGAAUCUGCUAGAACAGAAUGCAGCUGAUGAGUUAGACUCUACUAACAGCAUUAGUUUCGAUUACACGAAUAUCGUCCUCGUCUACCUGUUUGGAAAAUGGCGAAAGAUCGACAAGAGUAGGGAAGCAUUCGACAAAAUUUCCGAAAACGGCAGAAAAAGUGUUCUUUCUUGGAAUGCCAUGAUCGGCGCUUAUGAGCAGAACGGCUGCGCCGUGGAGGCAUUGGCUACUUUCCGAUCGAUGAUAAGUAGCAACGAUUGUCGUCCAAACCACGUCACCAUGGUUAGCAUCCUCUCAGCGUGCGCUGAAAUCGGGGACUUAUCGCUUGGGUCGUGGAUCCACGAAUACAUUCGAAACGGGGGGCAGAAAAGCACGCUUGCAUCGAACGUUAACCUCGCCACCGCAUUGAUAGACAUGUACUCGAAAUGCGGCGAUUUGGACAGCGCACGUGCCGUCUUCCGCGAGAUGAGUAGAAAAGACGUGGUUUCGAUCAACGCCAUGAUCAUGGGUCUCGCCGUGAACGGAAACGGAGACGAGGCUUUGAGCCUUUUCUCGGAAAUUCAAGAACUCGGCUUGCGCCCUAAUUCCGGAACCCUCCUCGCCGUUUUGUGCGCGUGUAGCCACUCCGGUCUUAUACGCGAAGGGCGCGAAAUUUUCAACGACAUGAUCGUUGCGCCUCGGCUGGAACACUAUGCUUGUUACAUUGAUCUUCUGUCCCGAUCGGGUUUUAUCGAAGAAGCUCUCGAUGUUGCGGCCUCCAUGCCUUUCGAACCCAAUAGAUUUGUUUGGGGGUCGCUGCUCGCCGGCUGCAUUCGCCACGGCCGGUUAGAGCUGUCGCAAAUGAUCUCGGCUGCGCUGAUUGAAGUUGAUCCCGAGAACUCCGGCGGGUACGUAAUGCUGUCGAAUUCGUUGGCUGCAGACAGGCGGUGGCGCGGCGUGGUGAGUCUGAGGGGCGCUAUGAGGGAGAAAGGCGUCGAGAAGCAACCCGGGUGCAGUUGGAUCGACGUCGACAGAACGGUGCAUGAGUUCGUCGCCGGAUCCGCCGGAAUGCAGUGCAUUCGUCGGACGUUGGACUCGCUGUCGAAAGAAAUGAGAUUAUGGAGCUCGUAGAGGCUAAGGUUAACAAAGUAAAGGAUUAUCUGCACAAGACCUUCACAAUUAAAGAUCUUGGUGAGGCAAAUUACUUCCAUGGCACUUGUACUAUCUUGGGUUAAAUACACAAAGGGUAUUAUCGAGGAAGUGGGAUGGUGUGGCUGCUUGA